GCCAAAAUAGCAAGGCUUCCGGGAACGUUGGAGCAAAAGGCCAAACAGACCAGGCCGGGUUAGAGAAGUCAAUGAGAUUAGUGAAACAUUGUUAAUUAGUUGUUAAUUUUCUGAAAAUCUAAAAGGCACAACCUAGAUUCGAGUUAAUGUCUUAAGUAGUUUAACAUGUUAUUACUCCAACCUCAUGAAAGUGACAAACGGACACUUUAUCAUUUUCGUCAAAAAUAACUUUAUAUCAAAGGAGUGCCUCUGAUUUGCGGCGUGCACAUGCGCAGUUAGGCGCCAGGCGACCCUUAGAUUCGUUUAUUCUGCUCUCUAACGUCGCCAUUACAUCACCUACAAGCGUGAUCGGGGAUUUCUAUUGGAGAAACCGUUUCCGACUAUCUUCAUACUGUACUGUCUUUGAUUAUAUAUCAGGGGUGGAGAUGGGAUGAGGGGAAUGAAGGAACAGACGUCGUUUCAAAGCAUCAAUGAGUAGAUGGAAGAAACACACACAACAACCAUUUGUUUACAUCGAUUCAGAAAGCUUAAAUUCGUUCGACGUAAUGAACUACAGCUCCCACAAACCAUUGCAGAAUUAGCCCUUUUCCGGGUUCUUCGAACAUGCUAGUUAUCAGCUGAAAGCAUAAGGUGGAUGUGUGUUCCGUUGGUGAGCAGCGAUGCCCCUGGAGGUGAAAUGGCCGUUCCCACAGUGCCCGCAGCUGGCCUGGAAGGUGACCAGCACCCUGGUCAUGGGUGUGGUGGGCUCAUACAGCUACUUCUGGACCAAGUAUCUGAACUGUAUUACGGUUCAUAAUCAGGAUGUUCUAUUUGACCUGAUAGACCAACGUCCACCUGACACACCCCUCAUCACACUGUCCAAUCACCAGUCCUGUAUGGACGACCCACACCUCUGGGGAGUUCUGAGACUCAGACACCUCUGGAACUUCAACAAGAUGCGCUGGACUCCGGCUGCGUCGGACAUCUGUUUCACCAAAGAGUUACACUCCAGAUUCUUCAGCAGAGGGAAGUGUAUUCCCGUCUGUAGAGGUGAUGGGGUGUAUCAGAAAGGCAUGGACUUUAUUCUGGAGAAGCUGAAUGGAGGAGACUGGGUACACAUCUUCCCUGAGGGGAAAGUCAACAUGACUGAGGAGUUUAUACGGUUGAAAUGGGGUGUCGGCCGUCUGAUAGCAGAGUGUUCCCUUAACCCUGUUAUUCUCCCUGUGUGGCAUGUAGGUAUGAGCGAUGUCUUGCCCAAUGAGCGACCCUACAUCCCUCGUACUGGACAGAGAAUCACAGUCCUGAUAGGGAAUCCAUUUACAGUCAAAGAUCUUCUGGAAUCUCUCCGACAACAGCAGAAGAGCCAGAUGGAGAUGAGGAAGGCCCUGACAGAUUCCAUCCAGGAGGAGUUUCGUAGCCUGCGGACCAAGGCUGAGGCUCUCCACCAACGGGUACAGACCACUACCUGAGCCCCAGGCUCCAGCCCGGCCUCCACACCUGGCCCCUACCCUAACCUCAGGGUACCAACUCAAUAUAGAGUGGACAAAGAGACUGACUGUAUACACACACAAACAGGAAACUAGAUUCACACACACACACACAAACAGGAAACUAGAUUCACACACACACAAACAGGAAACUAGAUUCACACACACACAAACAGGAAACUAGAUUCACACACACACAAACAGGAAACUAGAUUCACACACACACACCUGUGCCUCAUAGUGUGUGCAGUCCAACCUGCUGUCUGAUAAACCAGUGGUCACCACUGUGAUAAUUGCAAGGAGUAUCCUGCUAUGCACCUCAAAAAUCAUUCAGUCAACAUACAGGCAACGUUGAGAAAACAUUGUUCUUUGCUUCAUGUUUGAAACCAAUUCAACGGGAAUGUCCAUAGAGCCAAUGUUGUGUUUAACAGGCAUUUUAUCAACCGUCCAGUUCCCUCCCCUGUUAUGAAGUCACGUGACACUCACCUCUGUCCCCACGGUAACAGCAGAACUAUGAGUAGUAGAGAAGUGUGGUUCUCAUGGUAAAAGCAGAACUAUGAGUAGUAGAGAAGUGUGGUUCUAAUGG